AUGACCCACUGUAACCAGCAAGAGCUCACCCGCCAGAAGAAUAUGAGAAAGCAGAGCAACUUCGUUAAGGGAAAGUGCCAAGGUGACGGGCUUUCUGCUGCUGCCUGCAAGCAGAGGGAGUCGGAGAUCACGCAGCCGAAGCAGAAAAAGGCAAACAAGAAGAAGGAGGAACCCAAGUAGCUUUGUGGCUUCGUGUCCAACCCUCUUGCCCUUUGCCUGUGUGGCUGGACCAGUCCCACCAUGCUCAUAUUCCUCCUGUAGUGCU